AUUAUAAUUUUGGAGAUCGACAGGGAAGGUGUUCGAGAUCGACACGUCGAUCGCGAUCGACGGGUUGGCGACCUCUGCUGUAGACUAUGGGAGAAUUUAUAGAAAGCAUCCAGAGGAUCAUAGCUCUUGUGGAAAGAAGACAAGGCAUUGGAGAUGACACUGCACUCAAUGGGAUCCGACUCCUGUGUCGACACAUAGAAAACUUUGCCCUCCAGCAAACCAUAAGUUCAUUCGAAGGACGAUGGGGGAGUUGGACCCCUUACCAGGAUUGUGGCUCUGAAUAUCUUCAGUCCUUCAGCCUCCGUGUGGAACGUCCACAGGGAGGAGGAGAUGACACCGCUGCCAACAACAUCGAGUUCCGCUGCACCAAUGGAAAGCUUCUGUUUGGUGGUGGCAUGUCCUGGGGUGACUGGGGGAGCUGGAGUGGUCAGUGUUCUAACGGAAUCUGUGGCAUUAUGACCAAGGUGGAGAAACCACAGGGCGGGGUGGAUGACACUGCCCUGAAUAAUGUCCAAUUUAGAUGCUGUGAAGAGUAACUUGGAUGAGGAUGAUGCAUAUACAAUGAAAAGCUGUACCUCAGCAGUUAACACAAGCUUUCUGGUCUAUACUGUAGAUCCACAUUAGGUGCCAUCUCUCCAUUGGCUGUCUGACUGGUUCUACAGUAAAAUGCUGUUAAUUAUUGUUUGUACCAUCAUCUUCAAAUCUAUUAAUAAAGAGUCUGAAGAAUUA